AUGAGAUCUCCGUCAAUUGAGCGGAAAGCCAGCGCCAACGGUGGUAAUCGAUCGCGGUCUCGUUCCCGAAGUCACUCACCACGUCGCGUUAAGGUAACUUCACGCCGUGUCGUUAUUGCUAACAUCCCUUAUCAUGUUACCUGGAACAAGCUGAAGCAGAUCUUUCGUGACCAACUUGGUUUCACUGGCUAUCUGCGGCUAAUGAAGUCUAAUGGUCGUCCAAAUGGAAUGGGCCUGAUGGAAUUCAAGUCUAUAGAGGGGGCUGAAAAGGCUAUUGAAAAGAUGCACCGCUUCGAAAUCGGUGACCGCCGCAUUAUUGUGCGGGAAGAGACGCUACGCGAUCAGGAACGCAUGGCUAGCAUGGAAUUCGAUGGUCCAUCUAACCCAUCAAUCGAUGUUGGAGGAGGAAUGAUACCACCGAAUGCGGGACCUGGAAUGCCUCCACAGCCGCGCAGUAACGCGGGAAGUGCCGUUCCCGGCGUUGCAAAUUUGACACCCACUGUGCUGGAGGGAAUGGGUGUGCGAGGGCCCAUCACAGACUCGUUAUACAUAAGUAACCUUGACUAUGCGGUGGAUUGGAGAAAAAUCAAGGAUAUCUUCAAGAUUGCGGGAAGGGUGAUCCAUGCUACCGUAAAGCAGGACGAUGAGGGUCGUUCAAAGGGUGUUGCUGUAGUACGAUUCGAACAUCCAUAUGAGGCGCUCCUGGCCUGGUCAAUGUUCAACGGACAGAAUAUUAACGAUCGUCCGAUUCGUGUAAAAAUUGAUCGCGACGGGAGUCACGCCCCACCUCAUCUCCCCAUCUUUCCUCCCACGCCGCAAGGUGCUUCCGCAGUCGCUACUUUCAUGGCGCACUUCAACAGCAACAAUAAUAAUAACAACAGCAAUAUUGGUGGUGGUAAUCCUGGCAUUACUUAUGGAAGUGGUGGCGGUGGAGCUUUCAUGCCCCCACCUCCUCCCCCUCCCCCACCACACCAACAAUCUCAACUACAGCCACCAUCACACCAACCUCCUCCCCAAUCUCAACAACCGCAGCAAGCGUCGGGAGCCACUCCAUCGAUUGCCGCCGCGAUGGCUGCGCUGAUUGGUGGCGGUGGCGCCGGUGGUGGAAUGGGACCAGGAAGAGGCAUGCCUCCACAACCACCUCAAGAAAUUAUUGGGAGUCUUUUGGGCGCUGCUUCUGCUGGUGGUGGUGGUGGUUUUCAGCCGAUGACUGGGGGAGCGGCUGGUGGAAUGAACCCGUUGGGCCAGAUUAUGGGUGGCUACAAUAGCGCCAAUGACCGCUCCCGCGAUCCCAACGCAAGCAUUCAACAGUUGUUAAUGGCAGCUGCUGCCGGUGGAAUGUCGCAAGACCAAAUCGCCCAAGCCGUCUCUGCUCUUGGUCUCAAUAGGGUGGGUCUAAAGAGGCGUGAGAUGAGUUGGGACAAAAUUGCUAAUUGGGCAGAUCAGUCCCGCAAACAGGUCUUUUACUACUACGAUUGA